UUGAAACCGGACGCAAUUGCACGGACGCAAAACGUGUUUGGUGUGAACGAACACUUACACUGGUCUUUUAGCAUAAAGAAGAAUAGCCUACCAACUCAAAACCGUGACCCGAGACAAAACCGUUUUUAUUUAUAUCAUCAAACGCCCAAAUGUGGCGAGUCGAUAUUUUUCAGCGUCUCGCGCAAGAGUGCCGCGUUUUUAGACACCUUGUCAAGUUAAAAUGAACUGUUAUAAAAUGCGUCUCGAGACACCAUGCUCUUUUCGUUGCAGUGCGACUAGGUUUAUAUUUAUAUAACACGCAAGAACGUGUUCGAUGUGAACGCCCCCUGAGAUGUCUUAUUAUGCGAUAAAAUUAGUGUGCAAUAUACUGUAUAUAUUUGCUAAUAGCUAGGCUAAUUAUUAUACAAUACACUGACAGUAGAAGCUACCUUAAGGAUCACUUUUUACUUCUUACUGAUCUAACCCUUAAAAUUAAUUUUGUGUAAUCGCAUUUGUCAGGUUGAUUUAGUCAGAUUAAUUAGCAUAUAUUGCACGAAAAAGCCCCUUUUAUUUCAUAUUUAUUAUGUCGACACACUGUUGUACGUACAAUGCCGCCUCCUGCUGGUAUAAAAGUGUUAGACGGUUCAAUAAAUAUUUUCAUUGAGAAGAAUUCCGCUAUUGUGAGUGCGGACAGAGGGCAACGGUCGGUGCUUAAACGGACAACACGAGUACAUUACAACCAUCAGGAGCUGACCUCAAACAAACGGUGUGCAUCAAAACGUGUAACGUUUCUUAAGCUAUUAAAGUAUUUAUGGAGAGUGUCGCCUUUACCACCAACAGCACACUACGAGAAGGACUGAAAUUUAAUGCUGGGUCCCAAUUUUCUCGUCUCGCAAAAACGUGUACAUACUGUAAAUGCAUAGACCCGAGAAAACGCCUCCAACUUCCAAUGUGAUGCAUCUGCACGAGACGAAAAUUACGCGACUAAGAUGGGUAAUAAGCAAACGAUAUUUACUGAUGAACAGCUAGACGCCUAUCAGGACUGUACGUUCUUCACCCGAAAGGAAAUCCUUCGCUUGCAUGGAAGAUACCACGAGUUGGCUCCACAUUUGGUUCCCAUGGACUACACCAACGAUCCUGAUGUUAAAGUCCCUUUAGCUCUCAUAGUCAACAUGCCAGAACUGAAGGAGAAUCCAUUCAGGAAUCGUAUUGUGGAAUCGUUCUCUGAAGACGGUCAGGGGAACCUUAGCUUCAACGACUUUGUGGACAUGUUUUCAGUUCUCAGUGAAAUGGCACCAAGAGAACUGAAAGCCAUUUAUGCUUUUAAAAUAUACGACUUUAAUGUGGAUAAUUACAUUUGCAAAGAAGACCUUGAAAAGACGUUGAACAAGUUGACAAAGGAGGAGCUGACACCAGAGGAGGUUAAUCUGGUGUGUGAGAAGGCCAUUGAGGAAGCUGAUCUGGAUGGAGACAACAAGCUCUCCUUUGCCGACUUUGAAAACAUGAUCUCCAGGGCUCCAGACUUUUUAAGCACCUUCCAUAUACGAAUCUAAAUGGCUUCAAUGGAAGACACCCAUCCUGAGGUUCCUAGGCUGAUCCAGGACUUGAAUCCACCUUGAACAGACAUGUUCACAUCAGAGGAUAAAUGUCUACAAUUGUUUUCCUUUCAUUUUUGCACUGGAAGCCCACUUGACAUUGAGGAUUACUGACAAGUGCAUUUUUCUUUUCACCAGUGGAAAACUUCAGAGAUCCCUUUGUGUUUUCAGAGAGAGGAAACUCUUUGUGGAUUUGACCUAGUUGAGGACUACAAUUAAUCAAAUGUGCUCCUUCAAAUGUUCUACGUAGUCUUACAAUAUAUGUGGCACAUUGGACACAAUUUUGACUUGCUCUCCUUCAUCUAAUGACUCGGCUUUGGGAUCAAGUAAAUCAUGGGACAUCGUCCAUUCUGAAAGUGACAGUGGACAACCAGAAAAUGAGAGAGAGAGAGAGAGAGAGAGAGAGAGAGAGAGGGCUAAAAAGCACAGCACUGACAUCAAUGUCACUGAGACACUGUUUUCUACAGCUAUGCAAUCUUUCUCCAUAAAGUGCAUGAAUUAGAUUGUUUUCCCAUUCCCUAAUGUCCCUGCAGCUUUGCCAUUUCAAAACUAUCUAAUUGCUUAUUGAACUGGAACAUGAUGACAAUCAUAUCUCAAUGUUCUCCAGUUGAAUGAAGGGCUCUAUCAUCAUAUAUUUCUCUAAUUGUCUUAUACACGUCAUUCACUCGCCAUGUAUUUGUUCUGCUUGCAAUUCCUUUAUCCCUUCUGUCUAAACUUGAGGUGUUUGCGUCAAAUCUGUGACUUUUUUCAGUAUAUGAUGUGAUAGAGGGCAUUUGACUUAACUUUUAAUAAACGGUUUU